CUCAUUCUCUUAUUUCUACUUCCUUUCUUAAUUCCACCUACCUAUCUGUCGGUGAGGGUUAGUUUUUAAGGAGUGAGUAAUUCCAUUGAAAAUUUAUCGGACUUCAAUAAUUUGAAGAUGUCCUUGACGGCAACACGCCCCCUAGUGAGCGUGUACAGUGACAAGAAUGAGUCAACUGGUACAACUAUAGCUCUCCCAGCUGUUUUCAAGGCACCCAUCCGCCCUGACGUUGUGAACUUUGUUCACAUGAAUAUUUCCAAGAACAGCAGGCAACCUUAUGCUGUCAACAAGGAUGCUGGUCAUCAGACUAGUGCAGAGUCCUGGGGAACUGGACGAGCUGUUGCCCGUAUCCCUCGUGUAAGGGGAGGAGGUACCCACCGUUCUGGACAGGGAGCCUUUGGAAACAUGUGUCGUGGUGGUAGGAUGUUUGCUCCCACCAAGACCUGGCGUCGUUGGCACCGUAAGGUCAAUGUCAACCAAAAGCGUUACGCCAUGGUGUCCGCCAUCGCCGCCACUGGUGUGCCUGCUUUGGUCAUGUCUAAAGGCCACAUGGUGCAAGAGGUCCCUGAAAUGCCUCUGGUUGUCAGUGACAAGAUUCAGGAGUACAACAAGACCAAGCAAGCAUUCAUCUUCCUUCACAGGAUUAAGGCUUGGAAUGACAUCCAGAAGGUGUACAAGUCACGAAGGUUCCGUGCUGGUAAGGGUAAGAUGAGGAACAGGAGGAGGAUUCAGCGUCGUGGACCUCUAAUCAUCUAUGGCAAAGAUCAAGGCUUGACAAAGGCUUUCCGCAACAUUCCCGGAGUUGAUUUGAUCAACGUGUCCCAUCUCAAUCUGCUGAAGCUAGCUCCUGGUGGUCAUGUUGGUCGCUUUGUCAUCUGGACACAGUCAGCCUUCCAACAGUUGGAUGCUCUGUAUGGUGCCUGGCGCAAGAAGAGUUCACUCAAGAAGGGUUACAACCUGCCCAUGCCUAAGAUGGCCAACACUGAUCUGUCCCGUCUGUUGAAGGCUGAUGAGAUUAAGAAGGUUGUCAGGCCACCCAAGAAGACUGUGGAGAGGAGAGUGCGCAAGUUGAACCCUCUUGUAAACACCCGAGCCAUGCUCAAGCUGAACCCCUUCGCAGCUGUCAUGAAGAGGAAAGCUGUGCUCACUGCUCAGAAGAGGCUGUUCGACCGCGAGGUCAAGCUGGCUGAGAAGCGAGGCAUUCCUUUGGACCCCAAGACACAACGGAAGGUCAAGAUGUUGGCUCUUCGCAAAGAACAGAUCAAGAAGGCUAAGAGCGCCAAGCCUAAGAAAGCAAAAAAGCCUAAAACUGACCAGGCUAAAGCUGCUCCACCAGCAAAGAAGGCAGCCCCUGCUAAGGUAGCCGCAAAGAAGUGAGGAGUUGUUGUUUUAAAGAUUUAUAAAUAAUAAAAAAAUACAAAAAAGUGUA